GUAAAAGGGUGAAGCAUAGGCGAGUAGACAAAGGGAAGGUGAGGUUAUCAAAUUGCAGCUUCUCCUUGGAAAAGAAGAUUUAGCUUCGGAAGAGUAGGGACAGGGACAGGUCUUAUGGCGGUGCUGAAGUUUGUUUGUUCAACAAUUACCUUAACAACGACAAACACAUACCAAACCCAAACCUUACUUAGAUUUCAUUCUUCGUUUCUUCUCUGACCAUUUUCAAUUCUUCACACAACACACAUUCAUAUAAUCAUAUCUGACAAUUUGUCACACACUUUAACUUUACUACUUACUUGCCCAAUUAACUAUUUCAUCGUCAUAUGCUAAAAAGCUUUCAACUUUAAAGUUAACCAUAAAGAAAAGCUCUCUGUGAAAGAAAAAAGCAACAACCAAAUUGAUCUUCGGUUCUGGGUUACAAUUGAAAUGCUGAAGCUCUCUGAGGUCGUUCAUGACAUAUAAGCAGUUCAGAAUUUAUCGCUACUUGCUAAGCAUUUAGUUUAGCACUACCCUUCUGCUUCUGCCACAACGUAAAAAGAUGGCAGCUCUGGUCAAUGCUGCAACAAGUGAGAAACUGGCUGAAACUGACUGGAUGAAAAAUAUUGAAAUCUGUGAAUUAGUUGCUCAUGAUCAAAGGCAAGCUAGAGAUGUUGUUAAAGCUAUAAAAAAGAGGCUGGGUAACAAGAACCCAAACAUUCAACUUUAUGCUGUCGCGUUGCUGGAAAUGUUGAUGAACAAUAUUGGAGAUCGUGUUCACCAGCAGGUGAUUGAUACAGGAAUUAUUCCUAUUCUUGUGAAAAUUGUGAAGAAAAAAUCAGAUUUGCCUGUAAGGGAGCGGAUAUUUCUCCUAUUAGAUGCCACACAAACAUCCCUUGGUGGUGCUUCUGGAAAGUUUCCACAGUAUUAUAAUGCAUAUUAUGAUUUGGUGAGUGCUGGGGUGCAGUUUCCUCAAAGGGAUCAAGUGACCCAAUCAAAUCGUCCCCGUUCACAACUUAAUGGGAUUAACAAUGUACCGAACAGGGAGCAGGUCCCGCCUAGACAUCAGCAAGCAGAGUCCCAAACUGUUCCUGAAUCUAGCAUUAUUCAAAAGGCUAGUAAUGCAUUAGAAGUUUUAAAAGAAGUCCUUGAUGCUAUCGAUGCCCAACAUCCUCAGGCUGCAAGAGAUGAAUUCACCCUUGACCUUGUUGAACAAUCUUCAUUUCAGAAGCAAAGGGUAAUGCAUCUUGUGAUGGCUUCUCGAGAUGAGAGGAUAGUUUCUCGAGCAAUUGAAUUAAAUGAGCAACUUCAGAAAGUUCUUGCAAGACAUGAUAGCCUUCUUUCGGGCAGGCCCACAACAAUAGCUAAUCAUUUGGAGUGUGAAGAAGCUGAGGAUGAGGAGGAAGAACCAGAACAGUUAUUCCGGAGAUUACGCAAAGGAAAGGCUUGUGCAAGGCCUGAAGAUGAAGAAAGAGAACCUGAGUUUCCUCACUUGUGUUUUCUGGAAGAGAGACUCAACCGGCCGUUAAUAAGACCACUAUCUUUGGAGCCAUCUCGAGAAGCUAAUACUUAUUCUGCACCUGCUGUGAUUCCUCCUCACAUGGCAAUUCCACCACCGCCUUCAAAGCACAUUGAGAGGGAGAGAUAUUUUCAGGAAAAUAAAAAGGACGGUGCUACUUUGGCUGGCCACUUGAGAGGCCUCUCCUUACAUAGUCACAAUGGCAGCAGCUCUCACAGUGGAAGCUUUGAUUUUAGUGAUUGAUCUCUUAACAUAAGAACCUCUUUUUUAAACUUUUAUUUUUCAAUUCUAUGGUGUUGGGAAUUGAAGUUGAUGGUUUCUGAUUUAGUCCUUUUGUGUGUGUGCGGGGGUGGGGGGAGGGGGUGAUAUGCCUGCUUCAGUUUGUAAGAAUGCAUGUAAUUAAGGGUGUUUAUGAGAUCAUGUGCUAUGAGACCGGAGGUUUUGUAAGUUGCAAUCCUAGUGUGAUAAUGCUUUCUCUUUCUAAUUUCUAGGGAACUGUAACUAUACA